AUGCCGCCCGCGCCCGCAUUUCGCGGCGGCCCGUGGGCCUCGAGCUCCGGCGGCAAGCGCGGCACCGCUUCAAAGGUGCAUCAAGGCGGCAAGGGCAAGACUGUGCUGCAGAACGCGGGGACCGGUGCAAAGAGACACCGUCGUCUGGCUCGUCGUGGCGGCGUCAAGCGGAUUUCCGCCAUGAUCUACGACGACGCUCGUGAGGCCCUGAAGACCUGGCUCGAGUCUGUCCUAAGAGACUGCGUGACAUACGCGGAGCAUCGGAAGGCGAAGACUAUUACUAUUCACGAUGUCUUGCAUGCUCUGGCCCGCAAAGGCAAGCCUAUCUACGGCUUCGACCCCGAUACCUUUGUCGACCCGAAGUCGCGCAAGGCAAAGACAGCAGGUAUCAAGGACUGA